CAGACAGUGAUUGGCUUCAGCCUCGUGAUUCUACAACGUCAUCAUUACCAAACUUCAUUCGUUCGACUAAGCACUUGAUAAUAGUGCCCAACCUUCAGAGCAGUAUAAGAACUACUGUUCCGGGAAGUCAUUUUCUCGAAACCUUCCUCUGAGUCAAUAGUGGAUACAGCUCGAAGAAUUCAUGCAAUUUACACACAAAAAUGGCCACCGAAACCAAUAAUCAAGGCCUCAGCUACGGCGUCGGCAACAUCAACGCCAGAGGUGCGUUUACUGCCGAAAUCAAGAUUGCUCCCCGGGUCGGCCUUGAAGACAUUUGGCAGGGUCAGUAUGCCGGCGCUCAAGUGAUGGGAAAGCGUCCAGGCAUGUACAUCAAGUACCUACCUACGAAGUAUCACCCUAUCAACGGCGAUAUGCUCACGGGAGGCUGCUAUCUCUUCGACACGGUUGAGAAUGCAAAAGGCUUCGAGGACUGGACAACAAAUGAAUUCGAAGUGGGCGAGCCAAAGACGACCUAUUGGAAACAACCUUUGUUCAAGCAUGUUGAUACUUUUGUUUGGAACGUCAUCGGUGCUCAUAACUUCACUCCAGUCGAAGAGCAUGGCAUCGGUCGUUUCCAGCGUUGGACUUACCACCAUGUCGGUGUCGAAGCCAUCUUGAAGCAGCUGUAUCCUGUUCUCAAAGAUGCAGCCGAGAGAAGAGGAGCUGGCUCGUUUUGGCUUCUACACCGACCAGAGGAUAAGAUGAUCUCUGUUCACAUGUCGUUCCCCAAGCCGGAAGAUGGUGAUCAUGAGGCCAUGCGUGAAGAGGUCGAGGAUAUUGCGCGUGAAGGCUCCGUCGCGGAUGUCUUUCCUGAUGCACUCGAGGUGGAACCGCUACUAGAUAGAACGAGCAUUUACUACGCUGUUUGGCAGCCUUUGGCGCAGGGAGAUGUUGUCAAGGUCACGAGCCCAAACUUUCCCAACAUUGCAAAGGCGUCGAAUGGAGCAGCUUGAGUGUUUCACAUAGGGAGCCCAAUAAAUUGAUGAAUGCUGUCUAUUGAUCUCAUACCCGAUGUUCACAAACGAACCGAACGUUUAUGCUUCCAAUCUGUAACCUAUCCCAACAGUGCCUUUUUCACUUUCUCAACCUCCUCCGAAGUUCCACAAACCAACCCAGCUCUAUCAUCACACCCCUUCAAUAUAGUAUCAAAUACUCUCGCACCCGUCUCAGGGUCAAUGGCCUGUCCACCUGCGCACUCGACAACGAGCGCUACAGGAAGCAGCUCGUAAAGUCUUCGCAGCUUAGCCUUGCUAGCAGAAGUUACUGGUGAGAUGUACACGCCGUGACCCUUGACUAAAGCAUGAUAGAUAUCAGGGAUGAGACCCCCCGAGUACCGUAGAGUGUACUUGUCAGUGAUGAACUUUGUCACAAGGUUCAUGUACUUCUCAUUCUCGGCGGCGGCUCGGAGGUUGGCGGGUGCAAAGUAGCGUGUUUUGAAGGGAGGCUCAGCGAGUCGAAGCUCAGGUCGCGCCACGACGAACCUUUGGGUGUCGUUGAGGCUGACUUCGAAGCAUACAGGCUUAGAUCCUGGGACUCGAAGGGCAACAAUGGCGAGGGUUCGUGGACCGAAUACUCCAAGAACAGAGGCGAUUUGUUUCUCUGUAGGUUGCCCAACUGCAGUCACGCCGUCCCAGAUGCCGACAAUUGUACCCACGGACCAGUUGGGUCCGAUGAUAGAGCUUCCAUCAAGAGGAUCGAAAGCAACAGUGUAUUGCUCAGCACUGCUAUCAGCCUGCGUUGUCUCUCCUGCGCGAGCUGGCUUCUCGACAGGGUCCUCUUCACUGCUGGCAGUUUUGAUAGCUGAUGACUUAGCAAUACUGUCACGAAUAAUGUUCUCGGCCAGAACAUCAACGUUCAGCUGCUCAUCACCAAAAGCAUUCUCUGUGCCGACGAUGGAAACAUCAUAUGAUCCUCUUAGCCCUUUGCCAAUAUCUGCAAUAGCGCUUAAAAGCUGAGGAAUGACCGAGUCCCGCAAUGAAGCUCUGUUUUCUUGGGGUAGCGCUGAUUUGAGGAACGGCGCGAGCUCGAGCUCGGGCGCUUUUGUUGAAGACAUUUUUGGUGGAUGUGAUGUUGAAAAUGUCAAAUUCAAAAUGUCGAUCUCGAAUUUGAGGUUGCGUCACUGAAAAUUGACGCAAUUGAGCUGCUGUCAUGGUCGAGCUUAACCAGAAAUAGUUUAGAGAGUGGUCAUCGACGGCCCGAUUAGCGUUGAUAGCGGGCGAUAAGGACGCCUCUGAAUCUUGACAUCACAUCAUGGCCAUGGCGUUUAGCCAUUUUGCCUUUAUGUCAACAUCGAAUGUCUGACGGCCAGAGGAAGACAGAACUAGACUUUCUGCUCAUGCGAGUAGGCAGGGUGUAUGAUUCUUACCUGUUUCCAUUCAGAGGAUUUUAUGACUCACCGACUCCAUGAAGUCAAAUGAAACUCACGAAGUCUAAAAGCUUUCUCUGCUACGAAGUCAGAUUAAAGAACUCUCGAUUCAACAAUCCUCAAGUCUGUCAUAUGUUGUCUUCAUGGUUUAAAUCAGGAGAUAUCUCUGAGGAGCAAUUUCGGGAUGCGAAUCAGCUGAGACCGAAUUUCCGGGAAACCCGGCUGCCAGGACUUAUCGGGCCGCAUAAAUCUGGUUUAGAAUAUCGUAUCACUAUUUCUCCCGUGAUAAUAAAUGCGAAUAUGAUUAAGACUGUGCCUAUGACUGAAUCACCUGAUCAAUUAGUGUUGAGAGAAUCAAUCAAGUCAGAGCGGGAUGAUGGAUGAGUACAUGCGGAACCGGGUCCGCAAUACGCAAUACGACGAAAGAUGAGGUGUCACAAAUCGAUCGACAUUGAACAAAUCUUGAUUCGAUAACUGGUCAAUUCUGACAAGAUACCUUGGUUCCACGGAAUGUCUCACGGAAUCGCAUUAGAUUAUCGAUAUGUACACGUUUCCUCGAUACUCGGCGGCCGCGGAGUUCCAUGUCCGCCAGAUCAUCAGCUGUCCCAAUUGACACCAGAAUCGACUUUAUAAUUUGGAUUCGCUGGCAAAUGGUCAGAUCAAAGGGUCUGCAUAGCAGUAUAUUCAUUAAACUCUUACGAUGACGCAACAGUCUCGCUAGCAACAACAGGCCCCUUCAGCAGCACAGGGUUUCCAUCGUAGAAGUUCUUGAUAUCGCCAAAGACAGCAGCGGCCGCCUCGCUAGCAGCAGCCUUCUCAAACACCUCAAGGCUCUCCCACUCAAGAGUAGCCUGGACCUGGAAGGGCGCACCCUCCUGGAAGGUAAGAAUCUUGUAGUUCUUGAGACCGUGGGAACCCCAUUUGCUGCAGAGGCAUUAGUAAUUGCAUCGAAUUCUGGUGGUAUGUCAGAUCGGGUCCCACUUACGAUGCGACGAGAGGCAUGUGCUUUGUGAGAUAAUAAUCCAGGUCGAAAGAAGGACCGGAAGGAUAGACAACGAGGACUUGAGCCAUUUUGAUAUACAAAAAAGUGAUUUGAGUGAAGUUUUUGGCGAUAAUUGUUUCGGUGAAACGGCCUCGGCAGCUAAAAUCGAGGGGUAGCUAGCAUUUAUAUAACGGUACGGAGCGGGGGUGAGAGGUAGCUCCCCCCACCUUGCGAAUUGGGUGAGGCGAACGGGUCAACGGAGCCAUCCUCGGGGUGAUGUGAUUGAUGGAGACCGAUUACUCAGCUUGGGAAUCUAGUUGAAUGGUGUUUUUGAUUUCAGGAGGGUCCCGAGGUUGAGCGGUCAACAAUUGCCUUGGCUAAUUAACGUUAGUUGGCUAAUGCAGCCACGCCAGGUACAAGUGCGUGGCUUGAUAAACUUAUCAAAUUCUGGCUGGUGUGACAUCCAUCGACAGGAUUUUGACAAAAGGUGAC